AUGUCAAAUUUUGGUGGUGCUGCUGGUGUUGUAUGGCGAAAUACCGAGGAUGAAGUAUUGAAAGCCGCAGUUAUGAAAUAUGGGAAGAACGAGUGGGCACGUAUAAGUUCAUUGAUAACAAGUAAAUCUCCUCAGCAGUGUAAAGCGAGGUGGUACAGUUGGUUAGACCCUUCGAUCAAAAAGACUGAAUGGACAUCCACUGAAGAGGAGAAAUUACUUCAUUUAGUGAAGAUCUUUCCUUCGCAAUGGCAAACGAUAUCGAAAAGUGUCGGGCGGACUUCUGCGCAGUGCAUAGAGAAAUACAAUCAGCUCACUGAUGAGUUAAAAAAUGUCGACCACAGUGAUAUCCGUAGUCGCGAGAUGAACGAAAUUCUUCCCGAGACACAACCCGCCUUAAAAGACCGUGUUGAUUUGGAUGACGACGAGAAAGAGAUGCUCAACGAGACUCGCGCGAGGCUAGCAAACACAUUGGGGAAAAAAGAGAAGAGAAAAGAGCGACAAAAGAUGAUGAGGGAUGCCGCCUCCGCGAUGGAGAUGCAAAAACGGCGUGAAUUACGUGAGGCUGGUGUGAUGGUAGGUUCAUUAAAGAAACAAAAAGGACCUGAUCUCAACAUGGAGAUCCCUUUCUUCAAAACGACUCCACAAGGCAAAUUCAAUGUGAAGAAAGAUAAGAAGCCGCCAAAGCCUUCUUCCUUCAUUGGGAAAGACGUAUAA